CAUAUCAGCCGUUAAACCAACUACCCUCUCCCGCCAUUGCUAAUUUGCUACCGUUCUUACAGUUUACACAAAUUAACCACCAACUACUAAGCAGCAGCAAUGGCAGCAACGCAAGCCAAAACCCCUUCGCUUUGUUAUUAUGCUCGUCAACUUCACAACCAUAUUCCUGCAUCAUCCCUAUCACUUGUUGGUAAUAAUCUUAAAUCCAACCACCACAAGAAGCCCCUCAAAUUCACCUGCAGAUCCAGCGGCCAGGAUGAUUAUUACAUUGAUGCUCCUGUUGAAAUCGGUGAUGGAUUUUCCUUUAGUGGAGGAAAGUAUUCUGAUGGACCAAGUCCUUCCGAUGAAUGGUUUAAGCAAGGGAAGAUAGUGAAAGCUUAUGCUGCUUUUGGUUCUGGCGAGAAGGCAAAAGACCCGAUUUUUGGACUCGCAAUGGGUGCUGAUUCUCAGGCCUCCACUGAUGUUUUCAGAUGGUUUUGCGUUGAAUCCGGAAGUGCUGAUAAUCCUUCAGUUAUAUUAAUUCAUGGUUUUCCUUCUCAGGCAUACUCUUAUCGCAAAGUUCUUCCCAUACUCUCAAAGGACUAUCACACGAUUGCUUUUGAUUGGCUCGGCUUUGGAUUUUCAGAUAAGCCUCAACCCAAAUAUGGAUUUGACUACACUAUGAAUGAGUUUGUAGCAUCCUUGGAGUCAUUCAUAAACGAAGUUACUGUUAACAAGGUCACGCUCGUUGUCCAGGGAUACUUUGCGCCGGUUGUAGUUAAAUACGCUAGCAGUCAUCAGGAAAAGAUUGACAACAUAAUACUCUUAAAUCCUCCGCUAACAGAGAAGCAUGCCAACCUUCCAUCAACCUUGUCAAUUUUCAGCAACUUUUUGUUGGGUGAAAUAUUUUCUCAGGAUCCCUUGAGGGCUAGUGAUAAAGCCUUGGAAAGCUCCGGACCUUACAAAAUGAAAGAGGACGAUGCUAUGGUCUACAGAAAUCCUUACCUCACAUCUGGAGCAUCCGGUUUUGCACUAAAUGCAAUUAGCAGGGCCAUGAAGAAAGAGCUGAAGGUGAACCUUCUUAUCAUAUAUUGUACUUUAGUAUUUCGUCGAUUUCCCUCCUGCAUGUGCACCUUACUGCCGAUUUUCCUCUUAAAGUUCCAUGAGUGGCCAAUUUCCUCCCUACCAUCAUGUUUUACUAAUAUCUCACAUAAUUUUCUGUUCAUAGAAGUCCAAUGCCAGCCAUUAAAUUAUGCAGGCCCGGCCCUGAGGGGAAACAGGUGGUGGCCACCGUACAGGGCCCUGGAUUUGUAUUAGAGUUUGGCUGAAAGCAUAAUCAAUUUUUCAUGAGACCGGGUUAUUAUGCUGCUAAUGCAGUUUCUUAUGCUGCUUUUGGCAGAAGUAUGUGGGAGAAAUGAAGACGAUACUAACAGAGGAAAACUGGAAAGUUCCGACCACAGUUUGUUGGGGCAAAAGAGACAGGUGGUUGAGUUAUGACGGUGUUGAAGAAUUCUGCAAGAAUUCUAAGCAUAAGCUUAUUGAA